CGGCGCCUGAUUGAUUGCAGCGGCUGUCAAUCAGAGGAAGUGGUCGGGCCGCCAUUUUAUGGGGGCGAGGAGAAAGUGAGAAAGAUAGAAGAGUAAAUGUAAAGAGCGGAAAGAAAUAAAAGCUGAGCGAUGAUGCGUCGUGAUUCAUGUCCGCUUGACUGCAAGGUCUACGUGGGUGACCUCGGAACCAAUGGAAACAAGACCGAGCUGGAGCGCUCAUUCAGCUACUAUGGGCCUCUGCGCAAUGUGUGGGUUGCACGGAACCCACCUGGCUUUGCAUUUGUCGAAUUCGAGGACCCCCGUGAUGCAGCAGAUGCCGUACGAGAGUUGGAUGGCAGAACAUUGUGUGGAGUUCGUGUCCGAGUGGAGCUGUCCUCUGGUGAAAGGAGGAAGCGCUACCGUGGGCCACCACCACCCUGGACUAGACGACCGCGUUAUGAUGAAUAUCGCCAUCGCAGCCCACAACGUAGACGUUACUCAAGGUCUCGAUCGAGAGAGAACCGGCGUCGCGAGCGGUCUAUUUCUCGGGACAGAGAAAGGCGAGAGCCAUCAAGAUCUUUUUCUAGGUCUCACAGUCGCUCCCGCUCCAUUGAGAGGAAGUAGUAUCAGCGGUGGAGACAGCCUCCUCUCCUCUCCACACCUCUUGGCAACAAAAAAUGCCUGUGGUUCUCCUGCAAUUCUACCACUGGUGAAGAUUGAAAAGCAGCAGAGAGAGGAGAAUGGAUUUCUUUGUGGGGGGACGGGGCUGUAGUUUGUUUUAUUCUGGUUGGAAAUAUGAGCUUUAGUUAGCAGCUCCACAAUUUUUGAGACUUUUUUUUUAAAAAACAAAGACAAAAAAAAAACUUGACACAAAAGCUAUGAAAAAUGAUACUACUCCCCAGAGAAGGGUUCUUGACCAGUGUUUAAACAGUAACAAAACUUUAUUUGUUGUUAGUCAGUUAUUAAUAACUUGUUUCUUUUCCAUACCCAAUGAUAUCUCUAGGUUUUCAAAGACUCCCUUUCAGUGCUUUUGAUAUUUUACAUAUUAGAGUGCAACAAAAGGCCAUUGUAACUGGAAAUGAGGUGUUUUCAGUAAGAUGUAGUAGCCACUUAAUGUACUAAAUUCAUACUUUUGAACUACCUUAUUUCUUAACCUAUAACCCUUUAGGCCUGAGUUUGGAUGAGGGGGAGGCAGCUUUCAACUGAGAGGAAAUAAAGAGUAUGCCAUUAUCAGAUCUGUCUGCGUUGAGCCCAGUAAGGAGAGAACGCUGUGUUUGGGGUAGAGAGACAGAUAAGAUUGGGGUUGAGAGAAGGGGAGAUUAGAGAACAUUCAUUAUCUACUAGUUGAUUUUGAUGCAAAAAUUUAGGAAUUCUUGGAGGAAGGAGGCAGAGAUCUUUACUGGCCGAUGUAGAACUGGUCAGCGUUUGUUACAGUGCUCAUGGGCAAAACCUAAUGUGCCAUAUUAUUGUUGUUUUUAUGUAUGGUACCGGGGGCGUGCAGCAUGCUGCUAGUUGCUGUUAGUCACACCGCCUCUGGCAAAAUCCACAUUCAGGGCUUUUACAAGAUGGAGAUUUCCUCUUUUUCCAUUAGGCACUGGUAGCAGCAGGAGAACCAGAGUACAUGCCGCUGAUUCCAAACCCGUGAGGUAAUAUUCCCGUCCUGUAAAGUAACCAACUACAGUGAAAUUAAUGAUAGCCCACUGAGGCACUCUAAGGGCCCUCCUGCCCGAUGCCUAUCAGUAGGUUCUGUCUGCUUCAGCUUCUCUUCAUUUGAAGCCUUCCCCUGGCAUUCCAGCAAAGGAUUUCUUUUCAAAGAUAAUUCAUGAUUUGGGUGUGGAACAGAUUGGGUGCUGAAGGCAGCCCUCUGGCAGAGAUACUUCACGUUGACCGCCACAGCCUGUCAUACAGCUGAAACAGAUGUUGCUGACACACCAGUGUUCAUUUUUCUAGUGGUUUCCAAAUCUACAGAAGCUCUGCUCAAAACCUUCAUCUUCCUUUCAAACUGUUGCUGAUACUGUAGUGCAAAAGUCUUCACUGAACAACUGUACCAUUGCCUGUAGUAGAAUUUUAUUUCAAUAACAGUUGCUUGUAGUGACCAUUUGGCUGCAAACCUUCAGUAUACGUUUGAUGUUUUGCCCAUGUUACACCUCACUGCUGGCUACUUAAUGUUAUCUUUCUGUUUGAGUUGAUGCUUGGACAGAAGAGACGAUUAAAAAUUGACACAAAGAAAAAUCCAGUGGUGCCGAAAUCACAGCACAACCAUUGUUUUGCUUUGAUCAAGUUAGCGUACUCUAUUGUUUUCAGCAGGCCAGCUCGUUCUUUCCAAGGCCAAAUCUCUAAGUGGAGGUACAUUACUCCUAAUCAAAGUACAAGCUAAUAUCUCCUCACUGUCUGAGUCCUCAUGCCUUUAUGCUGCUGUCUGAUGAGAACCUGUUAAUGGAUAUACAGCAGCCAGUUGGUGUUGCAUUGAAUGACGCAACAUACUCGCUAUCAAAUGUUCUUCUGUUUAACAGUAGAGUUCUAAAUGGAAUUUAGCACUUGUUACUAUUAUUCAGCAAUAUGCCUGCAUAAAGGGGUGGUAAGGAUGAAGACACAUGGACUUAAAAUUUUGCUGCAGCAACUAAUUUAUUGGUGAUUGUUCUGCUGGCUUGGAUAUCGCAUUUAAAUUAUCAGUAAAUUCUCCAGAAGAAUGAAAAUUUCAACAAAUCCCUAUUCGCUACAGCAAAUGUAUGCAAAUACUACUUCUUGUGAAAAUGCUCAUGCAAAACCUGUUGAUGUAGGAAGACGAGAAUGUACCGUCACCUCUCCCCAAUAAUGCAUGUUCUUUCAUGUUGGGGAUCCCCAAAGCAGUUAGUUAAAAGGCAUUGGACAUAGGAAUGGCAGCUGUACCAGUAUUCUUUGCACGAUUCCCAGCCCUGUACGAACAUUGCAAAUCCACAGUAAGCUGCUAUCCCUCCAUAGUCUUAACUCAAGUUGAUAGAAUUACAGAAUUACAGCAAGUACCAAAGUAUUGGGUCCAUUCGUGUCAGCAGUGACUUGCAUGUGGACGUAGGAUCAGUAAACUCACUUGACUUCUCCAUCUGCUAAACAAGAACAGUUGAUGAAGGAAAAGCUGGCCCAGGGAUUACUAGGCAAACCCAAUUAAGUACAGCUUGACUGGCAGAUCAGUCUAGCCUUGACUUAAAGCAGCUCUUUUCUCAGCAAUCAAACCAGGCCACUCCAACAGUUCUGUUAAGAGUUUUAAUUCUGUUUUCCAAACGCCUUCUCUCCCCAACUCUGAAGUCAUGCAAAAACGUGGAUUGCAUCUAUUGAUGUCAUCAAAUGAAUCCAUUGUUUUUGAGAUACAUAUUUCCAUGUUUCACUAUGUUAGGAGUAAGAUGAAUAGCCUAUUUUUAAGUGGCAAUUCUAAAGAUGUACACCAAGCCUGUCACUUUGUUAGGGAACCUGUAUAGAAUGUUUUAGCUGUAACAUACUCUAACAUUCCUCAGCCCACAGCCUGUAUAGUUUAUUGCUAGAGGAAAAGCCACAAAAGCUAGUCAUUGAGUGCCAUUCCAAAAAUUGGAGUUCUGGCCUGCCAUUAAAUAGGCAAUAUCUUGAUAAUGGAGUGCAAAAGAAUUGUCUCUAAACCAUCAGUGCUAUUUUAUUAUUGGACUAAGGAUGGCAUGUUUGGAAGGAUAGAAUUUCUGCAGCUAGGCACUGUGGAAAAGACUGUUGCAAUGUGCUUACUACUGUGGGCCAAUUUUAGAUUAAAAACAUAAUUAAAUGGGAGCAGUUAUGCUCACAGCUUUGCUCCCCUUUGUUUCCAGAGUUUGCUUAUUAAGCACCAUGUUUACCUCAUUAUGUUUAUCGCAGUAAUGGAUUUUUUUUUUUAAAUAACUUCUGCAUUGGUACUUGGGAGUUUAGCUAUGUUAUGGUAUACUUGCUGUGACAACCCUGGAUAAAGAGAAGUACCUAGAACUGUUUUAUGUAUUUACAAACCCUACCCCAAGACAACUUAACCUCAUUUUGUGUAAAGCUUUAUGGGAGUCAAAAUGUCCAGGUGCACAUUUGCAAGUUUUUCUUUUCUUGCUGUUGUACAAGCUGUUCAGUUAAUCAGAUUCUUGCUUUUUUUAUGGACCCAGUGCUAGGUUAAGUUGCAUAAGUAUUAGAAUACAAAGUUGAUGGACCCAUAUAUGUGACAUGCUAAGAAAAUAGUUUUUGAUUGUACGGUUGAGAUUAUCUUGUGGCAUCAGCAAAGCACAGCAGAGCUCUCCGGAUGUCACUGGACAUCUACAGCCAAACUUUUUUUUUUGAAAGGACUAUUGAUGUGAGCUGGAUUGAUGUUUUGAUAUUUUUUUUUGUUCUGUUUGUCAGAUUUCACCAUAAAAAGUUAUUAAAAUCC